AUGAAAUCCACUUCUCUCGCUUCUGCGGCCCAGCUCCGACUCUCCAGAGAUGACAGGCUUUCACAGGGCCACCACCGUGACAGUGCGCGACUUUAUUCCCGCAAUGACACCUUUGCAAGCCUGCACGUCCAGCGCAGCAUCGCACUUGCAAUCGCAAACGGCUGGCGGCACGCGGAGGUAGUGCCCCUGUGCCAGAACCUCCGUUCGAGGAGCCCUUGGACAACUCGCCCGUCUCGUCCCCUACAAACGCAGUCCUCAUCGUGCCCACAGAAGAUCCAGCCAGCGAACAGCAAGGCAUCCGACCCAGAAGCCGAAGCAGUGGAAGAAUACGCCCUCAUGCAUAGCUCAUCGGAAAGCGAAGCCGAGACAACAGCUCUGCAGGUGGACACAGACACGCGUACCUACGUCUGCUCAGGUCCGUGGGGUAGCAUGCACGUUCCCACCGCAGAGUCAUUGCAAGACUACACACUGGCUCUUCCAAAGCUCGGUUCCUUAGCGGUGCGCAAGCUCCGCGCGGCCUGCGGGGCACACCUUGGCCCUGCAUCCUUUGUGGCUGUUUGCAAGGCCGCCAACGUUUUCGAGCUGUGCCUCUCCAGCAUAUCCGAUUUUGCCUACGCCUAUACCUCGUCAGAGGACCUUUCUACCUUCAUCGCGAAGCAAAGCCAAAGCCUCUGGGACGACCUGCAGGUCACCGACCCAGAGCACUGCCCCGCAGUCGCUCGUCUGCGCAGGGCACUGGACUUGAGCAAGGCAGUCACUCGCGCCAAGGACAGCCAUCCCAGCGCAGCACCGGCCAGCACAGCAACGCCUCCAGCAACCAACGUAUGGGCAGAGCACGCUCCACCCCGUCUUGAUGCAGAUGCCGUGCAGCGCAUGCAAAGCACAUUCAAGGCAAAUUAUCCAGGGGAACACCUGGACAACGAUUGCAUGCCAAGCAUCCGCCUGCUAAGCAUAGUGCACCUCUGGUUCGCACCGCACGGCACCAUAAAAUGGGUUCCCUGGCAACUUCGCAUGUCGCAACGCCAGUACCAGGAUAUAAUGGAGGCGCGCACGUCCCGCACCCUCCGCACAGAGGCGCAGUUGGUGAGCUCCGCACUCUUUGACGAGACGCCAGAGCUUAGCAUCGAGCGCGCACACCUGAGCCCUGCCUGGCUUGCACGCGCGCAGCAAAUUUUCCGCAAUGCCAUCGCCCUCUGCGGAG